GGAACCUAACUGGUUUACGGCAAGCAUGUGCAUGGUGGAAAUCUUGUUGUUUUCUGUAUCGCAAGCUGCUCUAGUGUAGCUAAUCUCUGAUUUACUUCCUAAGCUUGAGCAAAACCUUCUCACGUUUAGGUUUUUAACCCGGAGACAUGGAUGUUGGAGAGCUCCUAAACUAUCAGCCUGAUAGAGGAGCAAAGCGUCCCAGGGAGGAGGAUGGAGGGGCAGCGGGCAGAGAUGAGGACUCCAGAGGUGGAGGGAAGCAGCAGAAAGGGCUAAGUGCCAGGGAGUUGGCCAGAUACCGGGAAGCAGGAGUAGGACUGGAAGGAGGGGGUGACCUGAGGGAGACUGAGGAGCUGGCAUUGGACAAGAAGAAGAUCCUGGAGAAACUGAUGGACCAGGAUGAAGAAGAACCUGAGGCAGAGCCAGUGGAUGAGAGUUCAGUGAAGAAAAUGAUCCUAACCUUUGAGAAAAGGUCGUACAAAAAUCAGGAACUAAGGAUUAAGUUUCCGGACAACCCAGAGAAGUUCAUGGAGUCGGAGCUGGAUCUGAAUGACAUCAUCCAGGAAAUGCACGUGAUCGCCACAAUGCCAGACCUCUACCACCUGCUGGUGGAGCUUAAUUCCGUCCACUCACUGCUGGGCCUCCUCAGUCAUGAAAACACAGAUGUUGCCAUAGCAGUGGUGGACCUGCUGCAGGAGCUGACAGAUAUCGACACACUCCAAGAGAGCGAGGAGGGGGCUGAGGUACUCAUAGAUGCUCUGUUGGAGGGUCAAGUUGUGGCCUUGCUGGUGCAGAAUAUGGAGCGGCUGGAUGAGCAGGUGAAGGAGGAGGCUGAUGGCAUCUAUAACACACUGGCUAUCGUAGAAAAUAUGGCAGAGUUCAGACCAGGCCUGUGCACCGAGGCAGCUCAGCAGGGACUCAUGCAGUGGCUGCUCAAGAGAAUCAAGACAAAGAUGCCGUUUGAUGCUAACAAGCUGUACUGCAGUGAAAUCCUGGCUAUCCUGCUACAAAACAAUGACAAUACCAGAGAGUUAUUGGGAGAGAUGGAUGGCAUUGAUGUGUUACUGCAGCAACUAUCUGUGUUCAAACGUCACAACCCAUCCACAGCUGAGGAGCAGGAGAUGAUGGAGAACCUCUUUGAUGCUCUGUGUUCCUGCCUCAUGCUGGCAGCCAAUCGGGACCGUUUCCUCAGAGGGGAAGGGCUUCAGCUAAUGAAUCUCAUGCUUAGAGAAAAGAAAAUGUCUCGAACCAGCGCUAUGAAGGUCCUGGACCACGCCAUGAUUGGACCAGAGGGAGCAGAUAACUGUCACAAGUUUGUAGACAUCUUGGGCUUGCGGACCAUCUUUCCACUUUUCAUGAAAACCCCAAAGAAGAUGAAGAAAACUGGUGCUUCAGAGAAGGAGCAUGAAGAACACGUCUGCUCCAUCAUCGCCUCCAUGCUGAGAAAUCUCAAGUCCCAACAGAGGAGCAGACUCCUCAACAAGUUCACAGAGAAUGACUGUGAGAAGGUUGAUCGACUGAUGGAGAUGCAUUUUAAGUACCUGGAGGCUGUUCAACAGGCGGACAAGAGGAUUGAAGGAGAGAAGCACGAGAUGGUUCGUCGGGGAGAGAUCCUAGAUGACGGCAUUGAGGAUGACUUCUACCUUCGCCGCCUGGACGCCGGGCUAUUCGUCCUUCAGUUGAUCUGCUAUAUUAUGGUGGAGAUCAGCAACUCAGGGAUAUCACAGCUGCAGCAGAGGGUCCAUCAAAUUCUCAACCUGAGAGGAGGCUCUGUCAAAGUAGUGCGACACACCAUGAGAGAGUACGCUGAGAGCAUCGGAGAUGGGAAGAGCGAGGAGUUCAAAGAGGCUGAACGGAAGAGGAUCAUGGACCUUGUAGACAACUUCUAAUUUCUUAUUUUUGUCAUGCUCUCUCUCACACACACACACACACACACACUGACACUCAAACACACUCACACUCAAACACAAACGGUAUAUUCACACACUUAUGAACAUUUACACCCCGCUGGUCUGAUCUGGGACUGAUGGUGACCUUGAGCCAGUCUGUGUAACAUAAUAAAGUCACUGGGUAUGUUUACAUGCACACAAUUACUACACUGCUUAAAGUAAGGUUUAUUUUCAUGCUUUAAAGAAAAGUAAUUUAUAAAAAAAAACUGGUUUAUCUUGUCUGCAUCUUUGGCAUCCAAUGUGGGGAAAAAGAAAGAAAACUGCUAUUAUCGGCAAUACAAACUUUAAUAAUUUGUAUUUAUUUUCAAUUAAUUAACUCAGAUUAAUUUUAUAAACACAAUUUUUACAUGCCAGAGAAUUCGGUUAAAAUUAAAGGUUUGCUGUGCAUGUAAAGCUGCUCACUGUAGAACAGGAGUUAAGUUGGGAGAGCAGCAGAUUGCAGCUGGACUGAAACGCACAGCAAACAUGGGAUGUGCUGUUUAUUUUCUGUGCUGUGGUGUUGCAGAGACACAGCAGAAUAAUUAUGGACACACUUUGCACAGAUCUGCAAACUUAAUAUCUAUCCCUCGGCUCGCACACUUUACCUGCUUUGUUUGUUUUGGAUUUAAAUGUGGAAAAUAUUUUCUAAUAAAAUAUUUGGUAAUAAAAUCCUGA